AUGAUCACGACACAGCUCGCCCUGAGCCUUCUUGCGCUCAUCACGACCGUCAGCUCCCUCAAAAUCCAGCAUCCCGGCCUCACCCAGUCUCCCCUCUCCGCCUCCCGCGCCGAAACCAUCCGCACCGCCUACCGCACCUCGUUCUCCGCGUACAUGCGCUACGCCUUUCCUCACGACGCGCUGCUCCCCUUGACCAACUCGUACGAAGACCCGUUCGGCGGAUGGGGCGCCACGACUGCCUCGGAUGAGAUCUCGCUCUUCGAGACCAACAUUCGGUACCUCGGCGGGCUGCUGUCUGCCUACGAGCUGGGCGGCAAGCAAAACCAAAAGCUGGUCGACCAGGCAAAGGUCGUCGGUGACCACCUGGCGACUGGCUGGCUCGAGGGCAAUGCUUUACCGUGCAACACGCUCAAAUGGAACGACUACGCCAAACCCACCUGCAACGACACUGGUAUUGCCGUCGCCGGUACGCUCAUCCUCGAAAUGGAUCGGCUGUCGAAAUACACCGGCGAUUCAAAGUAUCUGGCGCUCGCCAAGAAGAGCAUGGCCGCCAUCGCCCAGUCCAAGGGCGUCUUUCCGGGGUUGUUCGCACAGGUAUACGAUGUCAAGACGGGCGAGGCAAUGGACGAUUAUGUCACUUGGGGCGGUGGAAGUGAUAGCUUCUUUGAAUACCUCGUCAAGUAUGCGUAUUUGACGGGCGAGGAGGGGCUGUGGCUGGAUAUGUGGGUACAAGGUGUCGAGUCGUCGAUUGAGCAUCUUGUCACGCAUCCGCAGGAGACGCAGAUGGGGAAUCUGACGUAUCUCGCGGACUACUCGGCCAGUCGAGGUGGGCUGCUUCCGAGGUGGGGUCAUUUGGGGUGCUUUGCGGGCGGGAACUGGAUCUUGGGCGCAAAGAUGAUUGGCGACGACCGCAUCGAGCGGUAUGGUCAGGCGUUGACGGGUGCCUGCGCCAACACCUAUACCUCCAGUCCAUCCGGUAUCGGGCCCGAAACAUUCGUCUUCAUCGGCGAAGGCAACAACACCAACAGGAUCAAGAUCAACAACCGGCCCUUCUACGAGCAGCACGGCUUCGGUUUCGACAUCACCCAGUACGUCCUGCGCCCCGAAGUGGUGGAGAGCAUCUUCUAUGCGUAUCGCACCACAGGCGACACUAUGUGGCAGGAGAUCGCUUGGCAAGCCUGGCAAGCUAUCGACCGUCAUUGUUUGGUGAAGAGCGGCGCACUGGCUGCACUGGCAAACGUCAACUCGACAAGCCCGACCAAGCUCGAUGACUCGGAGAGCUUUUUGUAUGCCGAGGUGUUCAAGUACCUUUAUCUGGUGUUUGCCGAUCCCGAGGUGGCGAGUUUGGACAGGUGGGUGUUUAAUACCGAGGCUCAUCCGUUGAUGGUGGAUAGGCCGGAGAGGGGGCUGUUUGCGACGGGAGCAGGGAGCAAGAAGAGGAGGGAGGAAGGGAAGAGGGAGGCGGACAACAGGAGGGGUGGCAGUGCGGGAGUGUUCCGGUUCGCUAGGGGUGAGUUCGGGGCAGAAUGGGGUGGGAGUCUGGAGUGA